AUGUAUAAGCUGAAAAAAGCUCUUUAUGGCCUGAAACAAGCUUCUAGAGCUUGGUAUGCAAGGAUUGACUCAAAUCUGAUCCAAAAUGGAUUUAGGAGGAGUGAGAAUGAACUAACCUUGCAUGUGAGUGGUGAUGGAGAUAAAUUUCAGCUGAUAGUGUUACUAUAUGUUAAUGAUAUAUUAGUGACUGGUGGAAAUUUUCAGUUAUUGAAUGAUUUUAAACUGAAAAUGCAAACUGAGUUUGGGAUGUCUGAUUUAGGGAGUAUGAGCUACUUUCUUGGUAUAGAAAUUGAGCAAAUUCCUCUAAUUGUGAACGAAAAACUUAGCAAGGAAGAUGCAAUUGAGAAAGCAAAUGCUUCAAUGUAUAGAAGUUUAGUUGGUCCUUUCUCUUGGAAUUCUAAGAAACAGGAAGUGGUGGCUCAAUCUGCUAUAGAAGCUGAAUAUAUUUUAGCUGCUGCUGCAAACCAAUCAAUUUGGCUUAGGAAGCUAUUGAAAGAUUUGGGAAUGGAGCAAUGUGAACCUAUGGUUAUCUGGUGUGAUAACAAAUCUGCAAUUGCCAUUGCAAAUAAUCCUAUUCAUCAUGGAAAAACUAAGCACAUCAAGGUGAAGUUUCAUUUUCUAAGGGAAGCUAAAAAGAAUUCAGAGAUUAAGUUGUUGCAUUAUAAGUCUGAAGAACAACUUGUUGAUAUACUUACUAAAGCUUUGACAAAGAACAAGUUUGAAGAGCUGAGGAAAAAGCUUGGAGUGGCUGUGAAACGCCUUCUGCGGUAUCUUCGGGCUGCACAAACUUACGGUCUUCUCAUUUCUCGACCUAAAACAAACCAUAUCAAUGCCUAUGCUGAUGCAGAUUGGGAAACCAAUCCCGAUGACUGCAAGUCAAUCACUGCUUGCUUUAAGAGGAAGCAAAGCAAUGCUUCUUUACCUGCAGAGGUGUAUUGGAAGUCCAUGCUACCAAACACAUCCAUGCCCAAAGCUCUACAAGAUCUUUUACAGCCUGGAAACGAAAUCACUAUUUCAUUUGCAGAGGACGACUCUAUCAACUCCAGGGGAGGCUAUGGACAAAACGGAGUUGAGUAUAACGUUGCAUAUUGGAAUGAAUUGAGAAAAACUAGUUUCAUACCAAGUACACCCACUAUAUUCUUCUUAUAUGAUGAUCUCCUUCCUCACAAAAACAUGACCCUUAAUUUUACUAAAUCAAACAAAACCUCCAAUUUCUUGCCAAGAAAAAUUGCUGAGACCAUAUCAUUUUCAAGCAAUAUGUUACCACAAAUUCUCAAAUAUUUUUCCAUAGAACCUUCGUCAAAGGAAGCUCAAACUGCAAAACGAACAAUUGAAGACUGUGAGGCACCAAAUAUUAGGGGAGAAAAUAAAUAUUGUGCUACAUCUUUAGAAUCACUAGUUGAUUUUGUCAUUACAAAGUUUGGGAAGAAAGUUCAGGCGCUUGCGAAUGAGGCAGAAAAGAAGAAUAAAGAACAGGAGUAUACAAUGUUAAAGGGAAUCAAAAUGAUUGGAGAUAAUCAAAUAGUGUGCCACAACGCAUAUGCUGUAUUUUACUGUCAUACAAUCAAUGCCAUGAAGGCUUAUACGAUUCCAUUGGAAGGCGUUGAUGGCUCCAAAGCUAAAGCCAUUGCAGUUUGCCACGCAGAUACAUCGGCUUGGAACCCCAAGCAUAUUGCCUUCCAGAUCCUAAAGGUUAAGCCUGGAGGACCUCCAAUUUGUCACUUCGUUAAUAGUGAUACCAUUGUUUGGGUACCCAACUAGAUUAUGUUUAGUAAGAUGUAUCAAAAUUAUAAUAAUGGAAUGCAUAUCUAUCUUCCCUUAUUUUGUUUAGUUAUAUAAUAAUAAUUUAAUGUAAUGGAUUGGUAAUUAUAUUA